AUGGCCGUCGCCCGCGGCAACCGGGCCGCAGCCGAGGGAGGUGAGGCAGCGCACCAGGCCGCAGCCUGAAGCAGGGGGUCUGGCGAGACCCUUUCCCGCCUCUCUUGCUCCCCUUCCUCUUCCCCCUCCGAGCCAGGAUUUGUUCAGCAAAACAAAACAAAACAAAAAGAGAGAAAACAAGCCAGGAAAAGACCCUUGCGGUUGGUUUCCCUGAGGUGUUUCCACCCUUCAUGCGCGCCUGUGGCUCGGACCCCCCUCACGGCUGCCCUUCUCGAGGGGGGCAGAGCAGCUCCCCCCUGCAAUAUUGCCCCCUUGCCCUCAAGCAGCUUGAGGAUCUGCAUCGGAAAGGGGCCUUUUGUUGGAAAAGGACACUUCCGACCUCACAGGCCGGGCACCUCUGUGCAUGUGCAGAGUUCCUGCCCUUCCGAGGGAGGCGGGGUGGCAUGCAUGCUUCUCUUGCUCUGGAAAGGCACGUCGGGCAAAGCGCCACCUGCCAUGUGCAGAGGGCCUUUUCCCUUGCGAGGAAAUGCUCCUUGGAGGGGUGCCAUGGGGCGGCACGUCCCGGAUUUCGCCCCCAGCCAGCCUGCCUAGGGUGAUGGUCGCCUCCUCACAAGCACCCUGGGAGUAGCAUGGGACAUGUCAGGACGAAAGAGGAAGGCAUAGGCACCACUUAGGGCCAUUGGGCCCACCUGACAAAACAUACCGUAUUUUUCCGUGUAUCACACGCCCCCAUGUAUAAGACGCCCCUUGUUUUUGGAGACUCCAAAUUGAGAAAAUGGGGGGAGACUAUAUCCGUCUAUAUCCGACUAUAUAAGACGACCCACAAUGCUGAAUAUAAUUUUUAAAAUAAAGAAACAGUCUUAUACACGGAAAAGCACGAUACGUACGGUCUCUUGCAAAACGGUGGCGACAUUGUGUUGUUUAACUGUUUCCACCGAUAAUUUAAUUGCUUUAUUCGUUUAUUGUAAACUACUUUGGUGGUUGCUGUUUCCUUACAAUCAGGUGCAUGUAAACCCUGUGAAGUAAAUACAUAAUGAAUACAUUGUAAAGGGUAGAAAAUGGAGGAAAUCAGAGAACGCAGCCCCACAGAAUCUCUGGAAUGGAAGACAAUGCCCCUUUGAUGGAAAAGUCUUAAUUAUUAUUGUGUCGUGCAGCUCGCAUUCAUUUAGGUGGUGACUGCGAAAGAGAAAAUUCCCAUUUUUGGGUCACCGCUCUUUAAUAUUCCAUAGGGUGUGGUACGCUGAAUAGACUUUCCCACCACACAUAAUUUAAGUGAUCAUAUAGGUCUAUAGUAGGGUAGGCCUUUAUUAGUUGCUUCUAUAUACAAUGGAAGUUGGUGUCUUUUCAAAAGCAUUUAGACAGCUGAAACAGCAGCAGUUUAUCAAAGGAAACCUAAGAAGUCCACUUUUUUUUUUAAUGAAGCUAGGCCAAAAUUUCUCAUUCAACUCCUAAAAUUUCAAAUUUGCAACAUCUAUAGUUCUAGAGCACAAUCCACUAAAAUAUAUGAGAAAAUUAAUUUUCCGCUAAUGCCCCUUUACUAUGGAAUUCCCUUUCUCCUGCCCUGUGGGAAACAGCAGCCAUCAGUUUCCCCAGAUGUUUCAUAAAAACAUGCCUUUUUGCCCAGGCUUUCCCUGACCCAUAAUAUUAAUUUGUUUUUAUAUGCUUCAUACUGCUAUUUAUUGGUUGAAUGUUAUAUUUUUGUGUUAAUUAUAUUCAUUACUGCUUCCUUUAUGCUGUAUGCUUCUUGGAGAUUUUUAAAAUACUACAUUUUAAAGCAUUGUAAAGCUUUGAAAAAAAUAUCAUUAACAGGAGCAUUGUGAUCGCUAAAAAUAUUUUGCUUUUGUUUUCUUCUUUUCAGGGCCGUUCUGUCCCUUUUCCUCAUCUCAGGACAAGAAAAUAUGUUGAAUGAUCAAGGUAGAACCCAUGUCUGAAAUUGGGACUGGCUGUUAGUGGAGAGCACUUUCCCUUUCCACCUCCACCCCCCCAUUGAUUCAACCCACCCUUUUCCAGAAUCCUUUCACCUGUGGACUGGAGUAAUUCAGUUGAGUUGGUGUGCCAAGGAAGGACUUAUGCCUUUGACGUUUGGAGUCAAAAAAGUUGCUCGAGGACACUUGCCACAAGGACAUGCCUCAUCAUCCAAGUGUAGACAUAAGUAG